AUGCCUAAGGAAACGUGUACGAUAUUUCAAAAUGCUAAUAAUCUUUUUAAUGAAGGAAAACUUGAUUUUGAUACAAUAAAUUUGAAAAAUGGACCUUACAUUCAGUAUUGCCCUUAUCAUAGAGAAUCAAAAAAAUAUGAAUGUAAGAACAUUUAUGAUGGACUGAACGCUUUGUGUAUGCAUUUAUUUACUGAAUUAUACAAAAUUCCUGGAGAGGUAAUGAAAUUUAAAAGUAACAAUAAGCAAUAUGUUGGAUACAUUAUGAUGUGGCUAAGUUAUAGAUUAUCUCAGAUAACCGAUUAUAAUGAUUCAACUUUAUUCCAUUUUUAUGAAAAUUAUUUAAAGAACGCGUUUAUAAAUUAUGAGCAUAUGGAUAAAAUAACAAAAAACAAGUAUUUGAAGGAUGCUAGCAUUGAAUAUAUGAGUCAAUUAUAUAAUUUAUUUAAUGAAAUAUGUAAUCUCACUUUGAAAUAUUCAAGAAAUCCUACCGACACUAAUCAAAUUAUUGUAAGUUAUAACAAAAUUUAUAAUAUUCAUAAAAAUAUUUAUAAUGACAUUAAAGAAUGUGAUUCAUAUCUUUAUUUAUUAAAUACUUUAAAAACAGAAUAUGAAAAAUUUAAAAAAAAUAUUACUAAGAAUGGAAGACGUGAUUUGAUUAGUGGUCAACUAUAUGCUAGUGUUAAAAAUCUUAUUCCUACAAGGGAACUAGGUAAAUACUAUAAAUCUGGAUUUGGGUUCGAAGAAUGUAUAAGAGCAAAUUCAAAGGUUAAGAAACAAUUCCCCGAUCCUGCUCCAAAUGCUCCAAAAGAUCAAAAGCCUAAACCAUCAUCUAAACAAAAUCAACCAUCUAAACCGCGCACAACAAUUACAAAACCUGUACAAAAUGGUAUUUCACGACCCUCACCAGCAUCAUUUUCAAAACCUUCAGGAGUGCCAUCACCGCCACCGCCGUUGCCUUCAUACCAACCAAAAGAUAAUGAACCUGAAACACCACCAGCACCACGUGUUUUACCAAUAAUUUCAUUAUCUUCACAAACAAGUACUGAAUUACAAAAAACUGCAACAGAAGAAUCAAAUCACAAGAUUGGACAAGAAUCUUCUAAAAUUAAACCAAAUGUUUCAGACAAUAGUGAAAGGCAUGCAGGAGGUACAAUUGUUGAUAAAGGAAGUUCAAGUAGUGGAAGCAUAAAGCAUGGUGGUGAAUCAAGUGAUCAGGGUUCAGGGAAGGGACUUAGAGAUUCUCCAAGCAUAAUUACCAAUGAAACUGGUACACAUACAGAUAAAAAGAUUGUAGUAGACGGUAAUAAAGCCGAAGGAAACUCUAAAGUAAAUGAACAAAAAGAUUCAAUGGGUAACACAGGAAGUAAAAAGAGCCCCUCAGGCAAUACAAUCGAUUCAAACAAUCAUCUCUCAACUUCAGGUACCAAUCAAGGAGAUUCAAAUGAUGAAUUGGUUGAUGGGCCAAAAGGUUCAACUGUUAGGGAAGGGGAUACAGGUAACAGGUCAUUAAAUACAGGUGGUGGACAAAAUGAAAAAAAUAUAUCAGGAGGAGAACCGGAUGGUGGUCAAGGAAGUCGUGGAGGUUCAGAAGGAUCAGAGGAUUCGGGAGGUGGAUCAAGUAGUGAACCAGGUGUCACAGAUAAUGUUCCAGAAGAAAAAGAAACUAAAAGUACAUCAGGGACGUUUUUUAAUAUUAGACCAGACAUUUUUAAGAUCACAUUAAAAGGCAUGGACCAAUUAAAUAAUACUUUCAAGUUUUUUAGAACAUAUAAGGAAAAAAUUAUAAAUAUCUCUAAUGAAAUCCAUGGUGUAUAUAAUACAACUUUAGAUAUUAUAAAAAAUAGUUUCGAUAAAUCUAUUAAUGUUUUUAAUAAAAUUAUUGAGAAUAUAAGUUUUGACUCUAAAAAAAUAGAAAUAACUGAUGAUUCAGGUGAUAAAAAACAUGGAUCAGAUGGAACAGGGGAUAAAUCACCCACAUCUGAUGACUCACCACCGAUUCAAGGAGAUUCUACUCAAAGAAAUCCAACACAAGAAAAUUCGAAUCAAAUUUCACUAACACCAAGUUCAAAUGAACAAACUAGGGAAACGAAAUCGUCUCAGGACACACCUGAAAACAAAAAUUAUAAAAGCAGUCGCGAAGAACCUCAAAAACCAGUGCCAGCACCAGUGAUUAAACUAAAAAAUUCAGUAACCGAAGUAAAAGAAAAUGGAACAACAGGAAUAGAUGUUAAUAUACUCAAAAAAUACAAACCAAUUGGAAUUUUAAUUAUAGCUCUUUUAGCUCCCAUUACUUUAUUAAUUGUAUACAAGUAUUUUUCAUUUGGAUGGAGAAAGGAAUUGAAGAGAAAACAAAACAUGAAAAAGGUUAUAAAAUUGUUUGGUGGAAAUAAAACGACAAAAAAAGUUAUAAACUCAACUAAUGGGAAAAAACAAAUGCAAAUAAUUAUAAAUUCAUCUGAACACAAAAAACAGACUAAAAAAUCUAUAAAUUACGUUUAUAGGGGAAAAUCUCCAUUAUUAAAUAUAUACAACCAUGUACAGGUUAACCCUGCACCAUUUAUUAAUUUAUUUUUUUUAUUAAUAUUUUUUGUUUAUAAAAGAAAAAAAAAUUCUUUGGAAUGA